GAGCACGUAGCCGCGAAUACAUCGAGCACCGGAAUACACGGAACACGGAAAACGGAACAACCUAAAACAAUCCGACACACAAUUGUCCAUUGGAUACAAAAGCUGCACAGAUACUUACUUGCACACACAAAAGAUACAAAGAUACACUUCGUAGAUACAUGAUGGAUGGGCAGCAGAGUGUUUUCAGUGUCAGGGCGCUCAUCGAUGACGUCUGAGAGGCAUUCGCGCUGAUGGAUAAUCAUAAAUUCGGCGUGAAAUUCUCGCAGAUACUUUAGCCAUCUCGCAGAUACUUAUCGCGUUCGCCUCCUAAUGGGCCUCAUCUGCCCCGGCCGGCGUCUGUGACAAAUUGCCUCUGUGUGUGUGCCGUGUGUUUGUGUGUGUGUGCAAUAAAACCGUUCAAAUCUGCGGCCAAUUAAGGCUAAAAGUCAGCCAAACAAUCAUUCCUGUGGCAAGUGCAGGUAAAGUUAAAGGACUCGCCAACCCAUUUGCCUUGCCAGCAGGAUGCAAACGGAUUAACUCUUGAAAUCCCAGCGCAACUUCUGCUCAAAUCCAUCCUCUAAUGCAAACAACUCUAAAUACCAUACAAAGUGUAUUCAGUGAUUGAGUGAAGUGAAUAUUCAAAGAAUUCACUUGCUAUCUGGUAAAUGCCAAACGCCGACGGCUAACUGAAAAUUAUUCUAAUCGAUUCGUAGACGACAGACCAGACCACAGAGACUGGCUACAGAAUGGAUCCAGAUUGCUUUGCCAUGUCCUCGUACCAGUUUGUCAACUCGCUGGCCUCCUGCUAUCCGCAGCAGAUGAAUCCCCAGCAGAGCCAUCCGGGCGCCAAUGCCUCCACGGGCAGCAGCAAUGGAGCUGGAGCUGGAGUCACUGGCGGCGGCGGGGCCAACGGUGGGCCGGGCAACUCCGGUGCCGCCACGCCCGGAGCCAAUGACUAUUUCCCAGCGGCGGCAGCCUACACGCCCAACCUCUAUCCGAACACGCCGCAGGCGCACUACGCCAACCAGGCGGCGGCAUACGGCGGACAGGGCAAUCCGGACAUGGUGGACUACACACAGCUGCAGCCGCAGCGACUGUUGCUGCAACAGCAGCAGCAGCAGCAGCAACAGCAGCAGCAGCAGCAACAUGCCCAUGCCGCGGCGGCCGUGGUGGCACAGCAGCAGCAGCAACUCGCGCAGCAGCAACUCCCGCAACAGCAGCAACAGCAGCAGCAGCAGCAGACGAACAUCAGCUGCAAGUACGCCAAUGAUCCGACCACACCGGGCGGCAGUGGCGGUGGAGGCGGCGGCGGCGGCAGCAACAACAACAACAACAGCAGCAACAACAACAACAACCAAUCGUUGGCCAGCCCGCAGGACCUCUCCACGCGCGACAUCUCGCCAAAGCUCUCGCCCAGCUCCGUGGUGGAGAGUGUGGCACGAUCCCUGAACAAAGGAGUGCUGGGUGGCAGCCUAGCGGCCGCCGCCGCCGCCGUGAGUCUCAACAACAAUCACACAGGUGCUGGGGGUGUGCCCGUGGGCGGCGGUGGCAGUGGUGUGGGUGUCGGCGGUGUGCCGGGCGUGGUCAAUGUCCCGAUGCACAGUCCUGGCGGCGGCGACUCCGACUCGGAGAGCGACAGCGGCAACGAGGCGGGCAGCAGCCAGAACAGCGGCAAUGGCAAAAAGAAUCCGCCACAGAUCUAUCCAUGGAUGAAGAGAGUGCAUCUCGGACAGAGUACUGUGAAUGCCAAUGGCGAGACGAAACGACAACGGACCUCAUACACCCGCUAUCAAACACUGGAACUGGAGAAGGAAUUCCACUUCAAUCGCUACCUGACACGCCGGCGACGCAUCGAGAUCGCCCAUGCCCUCUGCCUGACGGAGCGACAGAUCAAGAUCUGGUUCCAGAACCGACGCAUGAAGUGGAAGAAGGAGCACAAGAUGGCCUCGAUGAACAUUGUGCCGUACCACAUGGGUCCCUACGGCCACCCCUACCACCAGUUCGAUAUCCAUCCGUCACAGUUUGCGCAUCUGAGCGCAUAGGACGCGUGGCACUUUUCGGGUACUGGUUAGAGACUCAAUCAGUUGUAUCAGGAACCAUAUCAGACGGCGGCGGCGGCGGCCAGUGUGGCCGGUAGCUAUCAGUCGCAGGGGCCGCAGGAUGCUGUGUCCCUUGGCGCUGGCGGCAAUAACGGAGGCGUUGGUGGCAUCGGCAGUGGUGCUGGCGGUGGUGCGGGUGUGACGGGAGGCGGUGGCAGCAGCAAUAGUACCGGCAACGGUCCCAAUUCGCUCUUCUCCUCCGCUGCCAGCAACUCCAAUGCCGAUUGCCUCAAGUAUCCGCAAGAGUUCUGAUCUCAGGUUAUCAUCAGGCAGCAGGCGGAGGAGGAGCAGGAGCAGGAGCAGGAGGAGCAAAAUCAUCAGCAAAUGGAACGGCUGCUGGAGUCGGACUGUGAGCCCGAUCCAGAGCUGGACCUGGACUACAAAACGGACAUUGUUGGCUGCAACAUGUUCUGCUGCUGAGUCGAUAACCAUAACUAUGCGUUGCCACCUGCCAUCUGCGACCUGCCCACCUGCCCCACAUCUUGCCUACCGCAUGCCACCACCCGCCUGUCCCAGUCGCCGCCCGUCGAUCAACCAACAUCAGAGACGAUGUUUCUUGUUUGCAACUGAUUCGUGUUAAGCUAAGAAACGAGCUGUUCCUCCCCACGGCAGCUCGUUUGGGUCUAUGAUACUGGGAUGUGGGACCCCAAGCAAUCACACAGUUCUAUUCGAUAUUUGAUAUGUUUCCUUCAAAGGAAGUUCCUCCUUAAAAACUUUCCCCCGAAUUGAGCACAGCUCUCAACUGCCUGGGUAAAUCCAGAGAUUUCCUUUCUGCUUCCAACUUUCUUUAUGUGAAUGCGUGUGGUUCCCACCCAGUAUGAUGGACCUCUUUCUCUAAGCAGUAUUCGAAAAGCUGUUAGUCUAUAAGUCUAGCAUAAAUUGUAGUCCCUAAGCGCUGCACAGAUGAGAGGAGAUGAAGAUCGAGUUAAAAAAAACUAAUAUCUGCAAUAAUUUCAAAGUGAUUUCUAACUAACAUUAGUUCUUCGUUUAAAUAUAUCCCACAUCCAAAUCCAAACCCAAUAUCCCAACACCCAACCCAAACACCCCACCCUCCACGGAGUCCUAACGUGUGUACUUAAUACCUAGCUAGUAGAUAUUAUAAAUCUAGUUAACCACAUAAGGCUUUGUUUAGUUUGUAAAUAGCAGAGAGCGCACACCUCCGACUCGACGACAGUCCCGCGGGGGAUGCCUUUCUUUUUAUUAUGUUUGUGUUUCGUUUAGAAAUGAAAAAUCUUUGAAACUAUCUCUAAUGUUCAGUUUAUGUUGUGUGUUGUUGAAAGUGCUCUAGCAGCUUCGAAAAUGCUUUACUAAUUUUAUCCAAAAACAAA